GUUCACCAUGCUCUACUCUCCAAUCAAAUCCUUCACAAAGUCUCACCGACAGACCCCUACAUUGCUACCAGCUCUCCUACUGCUCAUGGUAUUCCAUGUGGUAGAAUCCAACUCCCACAAGUCUAGAUUAUGUGCCCGUGUGGACGACUUAAACCUCGGUGUGGAUAAUGUGGCAGCAGAUAAUAAAGGACUUACAAUGAAACGGUUUACUAUGGACUGUAAGGAUACCCAGUCUAUGGUGGGGAUAGAGGUGCAUAAGCUUGGGAAACAUUAUCAAGCCACUAUCCUGACCUGCCCACGGGUCAUCAAAGUUCUAGUCCACGCCGCUGCCCCGGGGUACUUCAAGACUGACUCGCCCAUUAGACGGACCCUGUCAUGUGACCGAGGGCAGGACACGAUGCUCGUCCUUCACCCCUCCAGGCACCAGACCGUGACCGUCGCCUCCAGGGAUCAUACAGGGCUGGACCAACUCAGGCUGGCGUGGUCCUACCAAUAUGUCACCGCCCUCAACACAACUGAAUGGGCGGGGAGGGGAUUUUUGUCUGCCGGUCCCGGCCAGGCCCUGCAAGUGAGUGACCUGUCGAGCAGACGAUCGCCCAGAGAGAAAAGAUCAACUAGCGACACGCAAGAGUCCCCCAAACCAAAAACAUGCGGAAAAGAUUACAGCUGCGUCAGGUUUGGGCGGGAGAGUUGCAGACACAUGGAGUGUGAGUACCUGCUGACGUACUCCAUCACCAACCUGACGUACUUGGUGCUAGAGAUCAGUGCUAAAGCCUCGGGGUGGGUCGCAUUAGGGCUUUCGUCUGACGAUAAAAUGGGCGGGGACGGAGCAAUCGUCUGCAAGAGAAAAUCUCCGUUGGACCGAGGUCUGGAAGCUGUGUCCAUGUGGAUCAACCUGCCCCACACGCGUCCAAACACCAGGUCCAGUGAGGACUACACUUUAGCCGCCCAGAACUUGACCGACGGCUACAUCUACUGCAAGAUGACCAGAGUCCUGCCGGAAACAGACACGGACGCGGAUAAUACUCUCGACCUGUCCAACAAUUGGUACCAGUUCUACGCCAGGGGUGAAAUAGACAGCAACGGCCUGAUCCUGAAACACGACGACCGGCCGCCCACGUCCCUCCACUCCAUCACCAUGCUGCGACACAACCACAUCCACAGCCACCGCUACACGCAGCUGACGGACCAGGCCCAGACCCUACACAUCGGCAUCUCCACAAGUUUAACAUUACUUGUCCUUCAUUUGGUCAUCUCAUGGGUUUAAAUACGUGGUCAUUUGGUCAUUUCAUGGGUUUAAAUACGUGAUCGUUUGGUCAUUUCAUGGGUUUAAAUACGUGGUCAUUUGGUCAUUUCAUGUGUUUAAUUGCGUGUUCAGUUCUUGUAUUUAAAUGCAUGGUCAUUUCGUUUCUUUAGUUCCUCAUCAGUUCAUUUCAUGUGUUUAAGUUUAAGUCUCUGGUUAUUUUAUGUGUUUAAGUUCCUGGUUAUUUUAUGUGAUUAAAUUCCUUGUGAUAUGUCUUCAUUUCACGUG